ACCAACUCAAUAGCAAUCAUGCAGGUGUCCAGGUCUGGCGGGCCAGGGUAUUCUAACGGUCAAGCAUCGGACAGUCCUCAGAAAUCUCAGACCAGAGGUCAGUCUGGCAGACUGGAGGAGCAUCCUGGCUGCGCAUUCUUGAAACGCAGCGAUUCUCGUGACACGGACUUUUACCAGAUCUUCCCGAUGGAGGUGGACAAAGAUAUCUCAAUGAACCCUCCAAUCAUAGGAUCCAAGGUGUUGAAGGACGCCUUUUCUGACAAGGGCACGGCAGAGUACCAUGGAGCGCCUGGUAUAUCACUCGACAUGCCUCUCCUUAAGGCUGGACAUGAGAGCACAAUCGCGUCUUGUGGCAAGACCAACCGAGAAACUCCGUCCCCAGUAAGGCCCGAAAACUGUACCUUCGAUGUCUUGAAUGAAAGGACCUUGUACGAGCGCAAUUGUCCUGUCUCCCCCGAGGCUCAAACAACGUGGAAACCGCCUAGACCUCCUAAACCACGAUUCCUAUCGGACCUUGAUGUCGCUGACUCCAGGGCACAUGAGAAUGCCUCGCUAUCUCCGACGUUUGACCCCAAAGGUCAUCUGCAUAAUAAACGGAUGUUACCUGACUCUCCGGGUCCGUACUCCACUCCCCAGGGCUGCUCUAGGUCUCGCAUUCGAUUGGCCAACCGAUCAAUUUUGCUGCAAGGCAUGGAUCAUGAACACAGAAAGCAACAGAGAAGACCCUGGAGUAACCCGAAGCCCGGUCCAUCCCGCUACGUUCCCCGUCCUCCAUCGCGAAGCCCAAACACUUUCCUCAAGGAUGACACAAGUAGGCCAUUCCCGGCCCCUUUACCUUCGAUUGACAACCUGCCAUUGCGCCAGGAUCUGAAAGUUGUUAGACCUAAGGAUGUCAAUGUGCACUUCCAGGAUCUCGGUGACGUCUUCUCAAACCAGCAACCGAUACGAAUUUCGACGUGGAAGAACAUAAGCAACUGCUUCCAGAAGGUCCUUGGUUGGAUCUUGCACUGGCUGAAGCCAGAAGAACGAAGAGUUGUCUGUCUGUCCUUGGUUGGAGAGCGAUCAGUCCAGCAGCCUUCACAUUUGGGACACCAAACAUAUUCGUUCAAUGUGACUUUGGACUGUUCAAUCAAGUCGAAGCCAAUGGUGACCCGUGAAGGGCAGGAUAUGAACUUAUCUGCUUCUUACAGCGAUCCUGUGCGUCUCUUCCGGGUCGAUUUCACGGUCCCAUUUCGAUUCUUGCAAGUUCUCGCGCGCCUUGGUAUCGCUUUACGGAGCCUCAUGUUCCCACAGGCCGUGGCUAUCGUUGUGCAACUUUUCCUAAGAUUUGUUGGACCGCCCAUCUUAUAUGUAUUGGAGAAGCUCAGCAUCAGCAUGUCCAUUCACUCGGAGAAGCCUGCAGCUGCCGCAGGGCAGACAUCCUGA